AUUUCAACUGGCUACACUGGCACGUCUUCAUUUACAGUCCAUUUUUUUGCGAAUCAAAUCGCAUGUGCCUCUGAUUUUAGAUUAAGAACCAUUCAGGCUUUAUCAAUCACAACAUAUUAUAAGACAUUAUUUUUGUGGUGUAUUAGAGAAAAAAUUGCUCGGCGAAAGAAAACAAGAGAGAGAUGAGCUACAAGAUUUUGAUUUCGGUAACGCUGCUUUCUGAAGUAUUUCUUCUAGGAGUGGUAGCGGAGCAGAAAAAUAUCAUCACUUUGAACGAUGGGGCCUACUCAAACCUCCUCAUCGCAAUAGAUACAAGCCUUCCUGAAGAUCCUAACAUCAUCGAAAACAUCAAAACGAUGUUCACAUCAGCAUCUCAGCGUCUCUACCUCGCCAGCAAGCAGCAAGUCUACUGGAAACACAUCAAGAUUCUUGUCCCAAACACCUGGUCCGUACAGAGCCGAUAUCAAUUUGCUCGGACCGAAACGUUAGAGUCGGCGAACAUCGUAGUGCACGACUUUCCAGAUGAUGAACCGUUUGUGGAUAACUUUGCAGGAUGUGGGAAAGAAGGUUAUCUGAUGCACAUUACACCGGAAUAUAUUCUUCAAGAAAUGUACCGAGAAAACAAAUAUGGCCCUACCGACAGUGUCUUGGUUCGAAAUUGGGGUUAUCUUCGCUGGGGAUUAUUCAAAGAACAUUAUGAUCCUGAUGACGUCAGAGAGGUUGGCGCCCCUGCCUAUGAUAUACCCGGUGGAGGUACUGAAGGAACCCGCUGUUCUCUCAAGAUCAAGGGAGAAGUUUUACACGCCGACGGUCGUACGUGUCAGAAAACACCUAACAGCGAUUACGACCCAUCCUGUAGAUUCGUUCCAAAUACUGCAGGGCAGACAGCGACCGCUUCGUUGCUAUUUGGAACCAGGAAUGCUCCCGUACAUUCCAUAGAGGAAUUUUGUAGCGACGACAUAUCAGAUCCUCACAGCUUACAUAACCCUCUAGCACCAAACUUGAUGAACAACAGAUGCAAUGGGGAAAGUGCGUGGAAGGUGAUGGAACGGACAGGCGACUUCAAAGCUGGCAUCCAACCUGUCUCGAACACCACUCCUUCUUUUGAACUUCUUCAGCUAUCUACUGUUAGGAGUGUAGUGCUAGUGCUUGAUAUCAGUGGGAGUAUGGGGGGAAACCGGUUUGACCGUAUGAUUCAAUCAUCUACUGACUACAUCAUGAACGUCAUUCCAGAAGGUAGCAAGCUGGGAAUCGUCGUCUUCGGAAGUACCUCACAAAUCAGAGCAAGUCUCACCGACGUCACAGAUACAACGUCCAGGCAAUAUCUAGCCAGUGCUUUGCCACCGUCCGCAGGAGGAUCAACGUGUAUUGGAUGUGGGAUACUGUCUGGCAUUCAGGUCCUUGGGUCAUACGCACAAGGAGGAUACAUCUUACUUCUUAGUGAUGGCGGAGAGAAUGUAUCUCCGUACAUUCGAGACACGUAUGACGAAAUCGAGAACUCUGGGGUCAUAAUGGAUACCAUCACUAUAAGCAACUCGGCUGACCAACAAUUGGAAGAUCUUUCCAACAUGACUUCUGGCAUCUCUACCUUCUGCUCCGAUAGUGGAACUGGAACGUGUCUCAUUCAGGCCUUUCAGAGUACGAUAACUGAAAGACCAGAUGUCGGGAUGGAGACCGUCCCUAUACAGAUCUAUAGCUCCGAGAUCGUCAUUGAUAGCUCUCCUGGUUUCGAGAUCGUUCCGAUAAUCAUUGACGGCGCAUUGGGUAAUAACACAGUGAUCACUGUGAUAUGGACCACGAGCUCAUCGAUCUCGGUCGAAGUCACUGGACCAAGCGGUACUCUGAUUGAUGAAAACGACCCAAGGUAUCAUAUUGAUCUCAGCACAAAGAUUGUGACAGUUAACCUACCAUUCGCCCUGCCCGGUAGGUGGAACGUUACCAUUUACAGCACUCAGGGAAUCACUGAGCACGCGAGUGUAGCAGUAACAUCUAAACCAAGUCAGGAGGAAUAUCAACCAGUUACAGUAACUGUUCUUCUCGGAUCAAGGGAGGUGGAUCUUUCUCAGACUCCAGCACUAGCGAUCUAUGCUCGGGUGCAACAGGAUCACCAUCCAGUUCUUAAUGCUGACGUCACGGCUAUCAUCUCAGACGCCAAUGCAGCAACAACGACCAUGUCAUUGCUAGAUGGUGGUUCAGGUUCAGAUUUAUUCAAGGACGAUGGAACAUAUUCGGGAUUUUUCCUUGGUUUCGCUUCCAACGGUAGAUAUAACGUCAAGGUCAAUGUCAUCGGCUAUGAAGACGUAAUUAAAGUCUCAAAAAAUCGAAGAAGAAGACGAUCAACUACAGUUGAAGUCGGGACCAUAGAGGAGCCAUCUUUUAUGCGGACAGCAUCUGGAGGAGUCUUUAAAGUCCAGAGCUAUACAGCCAACCUUUUAGAUACCAUCGCGCCUUCUCGUAUUCAAGACUUGAUCUACGAGUCCUUCUCAUAUGACAAUAGCACAGUAACUCUGGACUGGACAGCUGUAGGAGAUGACAUGGACCACGGAACUGCAUACAGUUACGAACUUCGCUAUUCCACCAACUUCUCCGAGGUGCGAGACGACUUCAACAAGAGCCAUUUGGUCUCUCAAGAACAAGUGCUGUACGGCAAUCUAUCCCACGUCAAUGCUUCAGGAACAACGGAGAGUGUCACUAUUACCCUUCCACAGAAGGGAGAGGACAUCGUUUAUUAUUUUGGUAUUCGAGCUUGGGAUGAGGCCGGGAAUGGAGGAGACUUGUCGAACAUUGCUUCACUGUCUAUCCGUUUCAUACCAAUGGCAUUACCUACCGCAGUGAUGACUACUGAUAUGACAGAGAUAAUCACUUCUGUAGACAAGACAGAAUCGAUUGCUCCAGGAACCAGCGAAACCUCGUCAGAAAACAUACUAACAUCGUCGGAUACUUUGAUUACCACGUCAGAUAAUGAAACACCAACCUCAGGUCUAACAACAGAAUUUAUUCAUACAUUUCCUGGAUCACAAAGUACACCCAGAGCAGAAACAACUGAUGUAAUGACAGAGAUAAUUACUACUCUUGACAAGACAGAAUCGAUUGCUCCAGGAACCAUCGAAACUUCGUCAGAAGACAUACCAACAUCGUCGGAAACAUUGACUAUUGAGAAUACCACGCCAGCAAUUGAAACACCAACCUCAGGUCUAACAACAGAAUUUAUUCAUACAUUUCCUGGAUCACCAAGUACACCCAGAGCAGAAACGACUGACGUAAUAACAGAGAUAAUUACUACUCUUGACAAGACAGAAUCGAUUGCUCCAGGAACCAUCGAAACUUCGUCAGAAGACAUACCAACAUCGUCGGAUACAUUGAAUACCACGUCAGAUAUUGAAACAACAACCUCAGGUCUAACAACAGAACUUAUCCAUACAAUUCCUGGAUCACAAAGUACACCCGGUAAAGAAACGACUUUUGAUAUUACUACUGGUACAUCGACCACGACAACGAACGAGCUUUUUAGUCAAACAUCAAGCAUACCAGGGUUCUCGAUGUCAAGCACUACUGACCAAUCUACACAGUUCACGACAAAGAGCUUAGAGAAGACAAUUUAUCCAAGAGUUUCUACAUCUUCGAACCAGUCCAUAGAGCCAAAGACUUCAAGUACUACUGACACGACUGAUCUGUUUUCAACACACAAGCCUUACACAUCUACUCCAUUCACGACUGAAUCUAGACCACCAAAACUUACAACCAGUACUUCGCCAUCAGGGAUAUAUGUAACAACACAUCAAGAGAAUCCUGAGACCACAGUAUCCAAGCAACCUGAGCCUUUGGAGCGAACAACACAUCAAGAGAUUCCUGAGACCACAGUAUCCAAGCAACCUGAGCCUUUGGAGCGAACAACACAUCAAGAGAUUCCUGAGACCACAGUAUCCAAGCAACCUGAGCCUUUGGAGCGAACAACACAUCAAGAGAUUCCUGAGACCACAGUAUCCAAGGAACCUGAGCCUUGGGAGCGAACAACACAUCAAGAUAUUCCUGAGACCACAGUAUCCAAACAAAUUGAGCCUUGGGAGCGAACAACACAUCAAGAGGUUCCUGAAUCAACGAAAGCCACGGAACCAACCGGAUCAGAAGCACAGGCUGUAAUCAUUGGCCUGUCUUGCGCACUAAGUGCAGUUACCAUCAUAGCAGCAGUCAGUUUGGUGUACAUCUACAAUGUUAAGCAGAGUCUCAAUCAGGUAAAGCCGAUUACCCCGCCUCAAUCGGCCUGGGCACACCAAGGAAUUGCGGAUGUAGAGAUGGCACAAAAGGAACCUAGCUACAAUCAUCCUACUUUCAAAACGGCUUGAUUCGCACGAAGACCAUAAGGCCAUAUGAUAUGUGAGGUCCCACUAUUAAUUGACCUGUAUAAUGAAUCGCCUUUAUGCCAUUCAAUGCACAGCUCUGACUUUAGUUUUUUAUACGCUUGAUGCAUUUCUCUUUUUCAUCAAUUAGAUUAAAUGUAGAGUAAAAGGAACUGUAUCCUUCAUAGAGCUGCAUAAUUAUCAGUAGUUAAAAGACAAGCUGUUUCGUGCAUUGAGAUAAAAAAUGAACAAAGAAAUGAAAAUGAAUUUUAGAUGUUAGUCUUAUAUCAUAUUCAAAAAGACAAACUAAGCGUAAGAAUAGAAUAAGUUUGCUCAUUAUGUAUAUAGGUUUAUGUGGUAUAGGUGUUUCUCCCAUUGUGUGUUUAGAAUUUAAAUGAUAUCCGAAACUUUUAUUGUUGAAUAUUCUUAAAUCUCUGCGUUCUUAUAGGCUUGAAUUAUUCCUUUAUAGGUCUAAAUGUUUUCUUUCUUGAUCUCGGGAUACGUGAAUAAUGCAUUGGAA